CCUGCGAUGCCCGACCCCGCGGCGCACCUGCCCUUCUUCUAUGGCAGCAUCUCGCGCGCCGAGGCCGAGGAGCACCUGAAGCUGGCAGGCAUGGCUGACGGGCUGUUCCUGUUGCGCCAGUGCCUGCGCUCGCUGGGGGGCUACGUGCUGUCGCUGGUGCACGACGUGCGCUUCCACCACUUUCCCAUCGAGCGCCAACUCAACGGCACCUACGCCAUCGCGGGCGGGAAGGCGCACUGCGGCCCAGCCGAGCUCUGCCAGUUCUACUCGCAAGACCCCGACGGGCUGCCCUGCAACCUGCGUAAACCAUGCAAUCGGCCGCCAGGUCUGGAGCCGCAGCCCGGAGUCUUCGACUGCCUGCGCGAUGCCAUGGUGCGCGACUACGUGCGCCAGACCUGGAAGCUGGAGGGUGAUGCACUAGAACAGGCCAUCAUCAGCCAGGCCCCACAGGUGGAGAAGCUCAUUGCCACCACAGCCCAUGAGCGGAUGCCCUGGUACCACAGCAGCCUGACUCGCGAGGAGGCCGAACGCAAACUCUAUUCUGGCCCGCAGACAGACGGCAAGUUCCUGCUGAGGCCCCGGAAGGAGCAGGGUACAUACGCGCUAUCCCUGAUCUAUGGGAAAACCGUGUACCACUAUCUCAUCAGCCAGGACAAGGCGGGCAAGUUCUGCAUCCCCGAGGGCACCAAGUUUGACACUCUCUGGCAGCUGGUGGAGUACCUGAAGCUGAAGGCAGACGGGCUUAUUUACCGCUUGAAGGAGGUCUGCCCCAACAACAGUGCCAGCGCUGGAGCUGCUGCGCCCACCCUCCCAGCCCACCCGUCCACCUUCACUCAGCCUCAGAGACGAGUUGACACCCUGAACUCGGAUGGAUAUACCCCUGAACCAGCUCGUGCAGCGUCCCCAGACAAGCCGCGGCCGAUGCCCAUGGACACGAGCGUGUACGAGAGUCCUUACAGUGACCCCGAGGAGCUCAAGAACAAGAAGCUCUUCCUGAAGCGCGAGAACCUCCUUGUGGCUGAUAUUGAACUUGGCUGUGGCAACUUUGGCUCAGUGCGCCAGGGAGUCUACCGGAUGCGCAAGAAGCAGAUCGAUGUGGCCAUCAAGGUGUUGAAGCACAGUACGGAGAAGGCCGACAAGGACGAGAUGAUGCGAGAGGCCGAGAUUAUGCACCAGCUCGACAACCCCUACAUCGUGCGGCUCAUUGGCGUGUGCCAGGCGGAGGCACUCAUGUUGGUCAUGGAGAUGGCAGGCGGCGGGCCCCUUCACAAGUUCCUGCUUGGAAAGAAGGAGGAGAUCCCUGUCAGCAAUGUGGCUGAACUGCUGCACCAGGUAGCCAUGGGCAUGAAGUAUCUGGAAGAGAAGAACUUCGUGCACCGUGACCUGGCAGCCCGGAAUGUUCUACUGGUCAAUCGGCACUAUGCCAAGAUCAGUGACUUUGGCCUGUCCAAGGCAUUAGGUGCUGAUGACAGUUAUUACACGGCCCGUUCCGCCGGGAAGUGGCCCCUGAAGUGGUAUGCACCAGAAUGCAUCAACUUCCGAAAGUUCUCCAGCCGCAGCGACGUCUGGAGCUAUGGGGUCACUAUGUGGGAGGCCUUCUCCUACGGCCAGAAGCCCUACAAAAAAAUGAAGGGGCCCGAGGUCCUGGACUUCAUCAAGCAGGGUAAGAGGAUGGAAUGCCCGCCAGAGUGUCCACCCGAAAUGUACUCACUUAUGAGCGACUGCUGGACCUACAACUGGGAGGACCGCCCUGACUUCCAGACCGUGGAACAACGCAUGCGCAACUAUUACUACAGCCUGGCCAGCAAGGCCGAGGGAUCCCCACAGUGUGGGCAGGCGGCUGAGGCAGCAUGUGGCUGAACCCCAGGUCUCCCUACACCCUCGGUCCAGGAUGGGCUGUGUGCAGGGGCACCUGAGACCCCAGGCCCACAGCGCUCUCAAAUGUUCCACAUGGUCCUUCCUCGGGAGCUGGGCAAGCAUCACUGAACUGUGGGCUGUGGGCAGAGAGGAUGGCGUGCUCCCAAGGUCAUCUUAAUUCCUGUU